CGAAGUUGCUGGGCCCUCCGGCUCGCUCCGUCAUUUUCGCGCUGCGAAAACUGCGUGCUCCACUUUUGGUGUCGAGUGAGCGAGUGUUGCGAGUUGACUGAUCUUGUCUCAUCCGUGAAGGGACCAACCAACCCCCCCCUUACCCCUCCCCCCUCCAUCAUCAACAUCAUCCCCCCCACCACCACCAACCCCAUCACCCUCACCCCCCCCACGACGUCCCACAAACUCGGAAUGCACCGCAUUACGAGUUAAUCAUGCGGGAAUUCUUCAUUAUUCAUUUGAACAUAAUCUUUUACAAACGAUAUUUCGCAUGGAGAAGUAGGCGUCAGCUACUCGCUCAAGGCAUGUGCACUGGCUAACCACAGCAUCUGGGCAAAAGUAUGCCAGGUGCAUCCUUACAGCCCGUGCUCUCAACUCCGCACUCUCACCUCAGGGACCUGCAGGGAAGCAUCAGCACUGGCAGGAGCACCUCCAGCAACAGCAGCAGCCGUGCAUUUUGCGAGCCGCAGCAGCCGAUGGAGGGCGGCUCCGACGAGAACUUGAAAGCGCUGAGAUCCUCGGCGAUCGGGGGCGGUGGCGGCGGUGCCUGUGGCAUUGGCCUCGGCAUCGGUGGCAUCAUCUUGCCGGGCGACAGCGGGCAGCCACACUCCGCCCCGCGCAAGCUGCUCAAGUACCCGUGCGGCAUCUGCGGCAAGCGCUUCCGCUUCAACAGCAUCCUGUCGCUGCACAUGCGCACGCACACGGGCGAAAAGCCCUACCAGUGCCCCUUCUGCGACCACCGCGCCGCGCAGAAGGGCAACCUCAAGAUCCACCUGCGCACCCAUCGGGCCGGCGGUAACAAUGGCGGGAACAACGGCGGUAGCAACGGCGGUCACGGCGGCUGCGGCGACGGUGGACCCGCUUCGGAGGUCGUCCCCCUCUCCGGGUCUCCGGCGUGCGACGGCGCCGCCGUCCGGAGCAAAGAGGCGGAGCGGCUGCUGAACGAGCUCCGUGAGCGCGCCAUCCUCCGCGAGCGGCAGCUCAAGAGGGCGGCCGCGGCGCCCGCCGGGGUUUGCGGCGGCGGCGCCGUCGGCGGCGCGUUGGUGUCGCCGCAGGCGCCGCCCGCUGUCGCCGCACCGCCCGGUCGCGCCAGGCUGGUGGGCGCCGCCGCCAAGGACGCUGCCGGCGGCGGCGUUGGCUACGGGCUCGGCCGAGAGCUUGGCAUGAACGCGAUGGCCGUGGAGAGGGAACACGGCACGGGGAAAGUAGUGGCGGUGGCGACGACGGUGGUUGCGGCGGUGGUGGCAGCGUUCAAGUGCCCGUUCUGCCGCGGCAAGUUCCGCACGCAGGAGGAGCUGGAGAGGCACCAGCGCAUCCUGCACCUCCCGUACAAAUGCUCGCAGUGCGAUUUCGCCGCAGCGCGGGAGACGGACUUGCUGCGGCACCUUGAGGGACACAACGGCGUCGUCGCGGCCGCUGCCACCGCCGCCGCCGCCACCGGCACCGGCACCACGGCCGCGGAGAAAAGCGCCGAGACGCGGGGAGCCCCGGCGGGUGCCGCCGAUGAGCAGACGUGCUGCGGAAUUUGUGGCCAGCGCUUCGCCCAGGCCUGGUUCCUCAAGAGCCACAUGCGCAAGCACAAGGACUCGUUUGAGCACGCCUGCGAGGUGUGCGGACGCCGCUUUAAGGAGCCGUGGUUCCUCAAGAACCACAUGCGCGUGCACGGAGGCGGCGCUGGCGGCGGCGGCGGCGGUGGCGGCGCGGGGAGGAAGCCUGCCGACGGCGACCCUCGCACCGCCACGGUGAACGGCGUCGCGCAGGCCAUGCCGUCCGUGUCGGCCAGCGCCUACGCGGCGUGCCACGCCUGCGGCUCGCUCUUCGCCAACAGGAGCAGCCUGCUGGCGCACAGCUGGUGCCACCACGCCGCCCCGCGGGACAGAGCCGCCACCGCGGACGAGGAGGAGGAGGCCACGGAGUCGGGGCGGCACGGAGCCGCGGCGGGGGCCUCCAAGGCCGGUUUCCUGCAGACGUUCGGCCUGCUGCCUCCCGUGGCGCCCGGGCGAGGCCCCAACAUGGGACCCAUCCCCGAGCUGAACCCCAUGAACAGCUUCCAGGCGUGGCAGCUGAUGACGACGGGCGCCAUAAUGGAGCCGGCGUGCGCCGCGGCGACCUGCGAGGAGGAGGGCGCGGACGACGAGGACUCGGGCGACGGAGCGGAGCCGGCGGUUGAGCGCAACGUCCCGGCGCUCGCCGGCGCGCGAGCCAAGAUCGUCCUGGCCACGAGGGCCAAGCGCAAGCCCGACAUUCUGAGGGCCAAAGAGCUGAACUCGAAACGCCCGCGGUGCCAGGACGUCGUGACGGACAGCCGGGGCGACGAGCGCGGUGCGGGAAAAGUGGACGAGCCGCCGCAGCCGCCAUCGUCGUCGCCGCGUUUGGAACCAGUAGAGGAGCCGCCGUCCGUGGACGCGGGUGAGGAGGCGGGUGCCGACGAGGAAGUCGCCGUGCUGCCGUUUUGCGAUGAGGUGAAAGCAGCCGGAGGUCUGGAGAGCUCUGAGAGUGAGCAAAGAGGCGAGAGUUUGGAGCUGCAGCUCAACAGCUUGAUUGAGAAGCUUCGCAUUAGCUCGUGCGAUAACGCCGUCUGCAAGGCCAUCUCCGCAUCGGAGGACAACAAAAACACGGCGGAUGAGGAGGAGGAGGAGCCAGCGGAGGAGGAGGAGGAAGAAGAAGAAGAGGAAGAGCAGGAGGAGGAGGAAACCUCGCCGCCAAGUCAGGGUUUUGACGCAGCUUCAGACGAGAAGGCAGCCUCACAAUCGGGAGCCGCCCUCCGGGAUCCAAAUAUCCUGGGAGGAGAAUCGGCGGGAUGCUCGGAUCGCGACGCGGUGACCGCGGAUCUCGAGAGCGGGAACGAAAUACCGCCGAACCGGAGAGAGGGCGGCGCCAUCGCGGACGGUGACGCGAGGUCGUCGAGCGACGAGAGCCCGGAGCGCGGAGGCGAGGAGACGCCGGGGACCAACCCGGGCUCCGACGGGAGUCGCCCGGAUUCAGCGAGCCGAGCCAGCACCCCGGAGUCGAGCGGCGUUGUCGCGGCCGCGGAGAUGGAGCCGGAUCAGUCGGAGAAAGAGGAGCGCAGCAGCCCCUGCCGUGCCUACACCGCCACGGGUGAAUCGCUCGGUACGGCAGCCUCUAAAGUGGAAGGCCACGGUUCAAGGGGCAGAGGUCGCGGGUCAACGCCAAAGGACUGUCCGUUUUGUGGAAAAACUUUCCGCACGUCCAACCACCUCAAAGUCCACCUGAGGGUGCACACAGGUGAGAAGCCGUACAAGUGCCCCCACUGCGUGUACGCCGGGACCCAGCCCUCGUCCCUCAAAUACCACCUGGAGCGACACCACCCGUCGGCCCAGUGCGGCGCUAGCCCCGACGUUGCAGACUACGAUGACGCAACACCUGCACAGCAGCCACCGCCACCGCCGCCCCCACCGCCACCGCCACCACCGCCACCACCGCCCCCGCCUCCACCACCGCCGCCUGCACCGGCCGACACCCCGGUACCACGACCUCUGGCUUCAAAUCCCGUGGAUCCCAACUCGGGAAAACCGCCCUCCUUUGCCCCUCGGCCUGGAAAGCUCCAGAGCCUUGGGCGGGGCUUUGUCAGCGGCGGCCACUCGAAAGGCGUGGGUCCAGCGGCCGCGCAAGCGCAGGCCGGCAGCGGCGGCGGUGGCGCUGGCGGCGGUGGCGCUGGCGGCGGUGGCGCUGGCGGCGGUGGCGCUGGCGGCGGUGGCGCUGGCGUGGAGAUCCGCAGAGAGGGCGACGUGAAAGCGGAGGAGCGCGACGCAUCGCGGCCGCUCUCGGAAGAGCACGGCGCGCUCACCAAGCUGAUCUUCAGCUCGCCCGAGAUUUUCCAAAGCGUCAUCCUGUCCAACCUGGCGCAGGCGUACCGGGGACUGGUCGGCAAUGGGCUGGACUCGGUCACCAAGUUCUACCAGAUGCUGCGCAACUCCAAGCUGGCGGCGUACGGUGACGGGAAGGCCUGCGCGGCGGGCCACGCGCCGCCGAACAGCUCGACGGCGCAGGCCACGGACGCGAGCAACCGCGCGGACGACGAAGGAAGCAAAUCGCACCGCAAGUCGGUGAGGGCGGACGCCGACCCGCCGAAGCGCGACGUGUAUGACGGCGCGCCGGCGAGCGCCGGCGGUGGCGGUGGCAAAGGUGUUGUUGAAUCGACCGGCUCGAGCGUUGCGGAGAGCGAGAGUGUGUCCAACAACAAUGGGCUGCACAACGGUCAGGGACUCGGCACCUUCCGCCGGAAGCGCACGUUUGACAGCGACGGGCUGACGAUGCCCAACGGACUGCAGACGGAGCCGCUCGACCUAUCCAAGAAGGCGCACGCAGAGGCUGUGUCGCUCAAGCUCCCAGGCGAUGGGCCGUCACGUGGCGAGGCCUCAAGCACCGACACAUCAUCGUCGUCAUCAUCGUCAUCGUCGUCAUCUUCGUCUUCAUCCUCCGGCCUCUCUACAGUCUCACAGGACGGCCCGCUCUACCGCGGCCGCCCGUCUGGCGAACGCGACGCGCCGUCAUUUUGGGCCACGGCAUCCAUCUCAGAGGGGCAGCAGCUGAGGCGAGCGGGGGCGGCCGCUGACCGCUCGCGAUCGCCCGGGCCCACCGAGGGCCCCAGCAGCGGCGGCGCCGGAGCCGGCGGCUUGCCGACGGAGCGCCGCUGCGGCACGCCAUGUGGGAGGGCGGGAGACGAGCGAGGCGGCGGUGGCGGCGGCGCCGCGGGCAGACCGGCGGCGACAGCGACGGCGCACGCUCGCUCGCUGGCGGUCGGCUCGGCAGGGCAGCUCCUGUCGCUAUACGGCGGGCGGCUCGGCGUGGCCGGCCUCAACUGGAGGAGCGAAGCAAACGGGUACAUGAAGAGCCACGUGCGGGGCCAGGGAGACCUCAUGUGCAAGCAGUGCGGCAAGGUGUUCAGCCAGCCCAGCCACCUGCGGACUCACCUCCGAUCGCACACCGGCGAGCGCCCCUACCGCUGCCGGCACUGCCCCUACAGCGCCUCACAGAAGGGAAACCUCAAGACGCAUGUGCAGUGCGUCCACCGGCUGCCCUUCGACAACAGCGAGUAUCCCGACCGCCGGUUCAAGCGGCUGCGGGGCGACAGCCCCCCACCUCUGCCCGGCGGGGACGCCGGGGGAGCCGACGACUUCUCGGGCGACGGUCGCGCCAUGCUCUCCGCCGAGGAUGCUGCCGCCUCGGCCCCCUGCUCCUCGCCUGCCCUCCCUUGAAAAAAAUGCACAACGAUGAGGAUGAUUGCGGCGCCGAUUCACGCUGGGCUGCUCAUCGACGACAUCGAUCGGGGGCUCGUGGUCGCUGGUGGACUGGAGUGGGUGGCGUGUGAUGAGUGGCCGCAGCCGUAACGAGAGGUCUACUGGAUGUGGUGCGCCGGACACGGAAAAUAUUUUUCCGGGUCGCUGACCCAGGGAGAACCGAUCGAAAUGAAGCCUCGGAUGUGACACGGCUGAAGGGAGAUAUAGUACCAAAACGUGAAUGGCUCUUAUCUUUGUGGACGCAAACCGGAGGUCGUUGCCCUGGGCUGUGGGACCUGCGGGUCUGACGCUGCCUUCGUUAUUGGAUUAAAAACAAAAAAUACUUUCAAAUUGCGGUCAGGUGUGCCGUUAUGACGCUCUGGUUGUGACACCACGAUGGCACUCCGAGACAUUUAUCAUCACGACAAUUUGAUUUGAUGUAGAGUUUGGAUGUAUAUACUGUAUAGAGUGAAAAAGUGAUUGCAUCUAAACACGCUGUACAGAAACAGCAGGCAAUGUUUAAUUCAUAGAGAGAACCAGGCAGUCAGUCAUAGCCAGGCCUCAAAUCUCGCCACUUGAACAGGGGUAGAUGGUUAACAGCCUGGAGGAAGGGGAUUCAGGACUAUGGGAACAGAGAAGAAUGAGUGACUGGG